CUUCAUGCUUGUACUCCUCUGUGUGAAUGUGUACGUGACAGCAGCACCAACAUCACAAGUAGAUGUGAGAAUGCCCUGUGAGAUAACCAGUAGGCUAUGUGGGAAUCUGGUUUGAACCAGGGAAGAGGGAAAGAGCACACACACACACACACACACACAAACACACACACACACACACACAGAUGCACCCCUGCAUCCACACACUGCCCACCAGGACGAGGAGUGUGUCUUUGUUUGUUGGUGUCACAUUUUCGACUCCUCCCAGCUCUGUCUCCUAUAAAACACCAGUGGUUGGAGCAGAUCUUUGAGGUUUGCUGACUUCCACCUGAGGGGACUUCACCGUCAGCCCGGGCAAGACCGCCACACCGGCUCCAUCAGCCUCCAUCAUCGCUGGUCUCUUAAAACCGCCCCCUCAACAAACAAACAUGGCUCCUUUUGAGAAAUCCAUGGAGACGAUGCCCUUCAAGCAGAGGAAAUGUCUCGAAACAAGAAAAGAUGAAGUGUGCAGCAUUCGGUCUAAAUUCCCAAACAAAUUGCCUGUGAUUGUUGAACGUUACAUCCGUGAAAAGACUCUCCCCCUGUUGGACAAAACAAAGUUCCUGGUUCCCUUCGAGCUCACCUUGGGUCAGUUCCUCUGCCUGCUCAGGAAUAAGAUUGCCUUGGACUCCACCCAGGCGCUGUUCCUCCUGGUGGCAGAGAAGAGCAUGUCCUGCAUGUCCUCAAGCAUGGGGGAGGUUUAUUCCCGCCACAGCGACACUGACGGCUUCCUCUACAUCACCUACGCCUCGCAGGAGAUGUUCGGAGCACCUCAUCCAGCAGCCAGGCCGCCCUGCUGAGCCUGAAGCAGAUAAUAUGAACUGAUGGUGGUGACACCACACCACUAAUCUGGAAAACAAGGACAAACUGAGCCAAGCCGAGACUCUUUUUGUCCAUUUUUUUAAGCCCCAAACUGCUUAUCGGCCUACCUCAUGAACCUUUCUGGACAUUCAGACACAGCAAAUCUUCAUGCUCUGCCACCUCAGCUGGGUGGACAAGACUUACUCUGAUGAUGUCUUUGUUUUAAACUGAUUGAUUGUUUUACUGACUAAUUGGCAUAUUUAUCUCCUGUACUGGUCUGAGAUAUUAGAAAGUAGAAAUCAAUACAGAGAAUUGCUUGCGAGUUGUUUUUAAAUUUAGGAAACAGUCAAUAAGAUGAAACAGAGUGUUGUGAUUAUUCACUGUUGCUCCAAAAUCUUAAAGAAAAUAUUAAAAUUAUGAUUGUUUUUUGCCCGUUAUAUGUCUUUACAGGUCAAAUGUCCAUAUGUGCCCUUCAGUUACCUCAGAAACUUUGAGCUUCAAUGCAAACAAAAUGUAUUUCACAUUGCCAUAAUGCCAGUUCAGUGUAAAGCCACCAUCACCUUCUCCACGCUACACAAACAGGGUCAAUGUCUUGCUGGUAAUCAGACUCCUUCUUAGCACUUAUCUCCCCUUCCUCCUCUCCUUUCUUUGAUUGCCAUCUUCAUCCUCGUCUUCCCUUCAAAAUGUGAAACUGUGCUCCGGACUGUCAAUUUAAUGCUGCUCUGAUUUGUUCUGCCUCCAUCUGUCAGUAUAUGAAAAAAUAAAUUCUCGCCGUUUUAA